GACUGUCCGAUUGUGAAAUUUAACUCGAUCAGAACAUCGAAAAAUCCCUUUUCAGGUAUGAGUCCGACUUGGAUGAACGAUACAUUGUGAUCUGCUUUGGUCUGGCCAUUGGUGCUGUAACUACUAUGACCGUUUCGAUUUUCCUGGUUUACAUGAUAAACUUUAUUCCUGGCUAUGCCCUGGUCGUGGCAAGCUUUUUCCAACUACUGGAGUUUUGUCUGCUCGGGACCGUCCUAACUGUGAAGGUACUCGGCCACUUUCGUUGCUAGCAAGUUUGUUUGAAAAUACAGUGCAUUUCAGAACGAGGAAAUCAUCGAGGCGAUCUACAGCACCAACUGGUAUCUGCUUCCGGAACCAGAACGUCGUUGCUUCGCGUUGAUGCUCCACAAGAGUCAAAACUUUACAGAGAUGACCAUCGGAGGGUUCGCUCCGCUCAACUUGGAAACAUUCGUUGCGGUGAGAUCGAGUUUGGGCCUGUUAUAUGCAAGCUGAGUACCACUUCUUUACCGUUGCAGAUUAUGAACCGAAUUUACUCGUACUUUAUGAUGCUCAUCAGUUUCAUCGAGUAGGAGCGGUGCUUGGUACAAAAUCAUAUAAGUAAACUGAUUGUUGCAUAAAAUGUGCAAGAAACGACACGUUUUUUACCCUACACCUUUUCCUUUAUUUAUUCAUAACAAUUAUCUUCGACAUCACAGCAAAAAAAUCGAUGGUAAAAUAUCAUGCAAAGAGAAAAGUUACUUAAUACUACACACUGCAUGUACAGUUUUUCUACACACAAAAAAAGUUGCAACCGACGUGAUUCAAAUGCAGCACUCACAGAGAGGACUGGCGCCUUAGCUCGCUCGGCUAUCAAAAGAAGUUCAAGUAGGUUUCCCACAGUGAUGGGUUACAUAUUUCUGGGUGUGAUAUUAAAUAAAAUUCAUAAAAAAAUGCAUAAUUAUUUUACACCUUUACCUUUUACACGCAGCUGGAUUUAUAUUUUUCGCCACAAGGGUUUUUGGACAAAAGUUUGACUCAAAAAUAACGAAAAAUUGCGAAUCAAUAUCAAACGAUCUUUUUACUUGUUUAUCAUAACUUUAUAUUAUUAAAAAAAAAAUGGAUACUGCUACUAGAUUACUAAUCGGAAAAAAGAGACUGUGAUUGUUUUCAAACAUUUUAAAUAAAUAAAAACUUGCUCUCAACUGCUCACUCAACAAUUACACAACACGACAUUUUUUAAGUUGAGUGUCAGUAAACGCUUCAGUUUUGUCAGUCAAAGUAUGAUAGAUUUAGGUUUCCUGAACACGCCCCAAUCGGCAGAAUUGAAUUUAAGUGAAAUCAAUGUCAAUAAAUAAAAUUUAAAAUUUUGGGUAUAAAUGAAUGGGCAACCCUAAUUUUGUGUGUGUUCAGGGAGCCAAAUUCUAUUAUAUCUUGACAAAACUGAAACAUUUACCCGAGGGUUAAAUGCCGAAGGAAUCGUUAUCAAUGACUUCGGAAAUAAAUAGUAUGGUGUGGUAUCAAAUUUUAGAAUGCCCAAGUUCUUCAAUUAACAAUACCUUAGCUAACCUUUUUUAGUACUUGAGUAUUUCCAAAAAUUGUAAAUGAUUUUGGUGCAUAUUUCUAAGCCCUCAAAAUAGGCAAUCAUAGGGGAAAUUUGGGCUUAUACUAGUGAAGUAUUCGAAACAUACAAUAUUGGUAUGAAUUUUGAUAAUUUACCUACAAUUUUUGGGAUUCUGUAAUUUCUAAAUUAUUUUCUUCAACUCGGGGUGUAACGUCUAGCAAUUUUUUAAUCAUCAAGCAAUUAAAAAUUACUUCCCCACAAGUGUUACAUCCAUUAUACACCUUGAAGGUGCAAUAAAAUACCCAUGCAAAACGAGAAUUCCGCACAGUUUUAACAGCCAGCUUGCAGCAAUGGUGCAAGUAAAAGCCCGGGAAACGCUUCCAAUGCGUUGGUUCGAUAAAUCAUACCAAAUGUACGAUUACAAUCUACUGUUUAUCCGUUGGAUGGCCGACUUUAGUGGUGUCGACAUGAUGGUUGAUAAUUACCGAUUUAAUUACCGAACGGCAAUUUGUAUUGGCACUACGCUGAUGGGGACAAUCAACUCUAUUUACAGCUUUGUGUUUUACUAUCCCAGCUUGCAUAAAAUUUGCGAAGUGAUUGUUAUGUUUGGGAUUCUUAUCCAGGGAGUACCAAAGCUCUAUUUCGGAUACAUUCAUCGAGAAUUCUACAAACUCCAAUACGGUCGCUUGCGAACGCUUCACUACAAGUAUCGCGAUCAUGAGAAACUCAACGCGAACCUGCUACUGCUGAUGGAGCGAAUCCACGUCCUGUCCAAGCUGCUUGCGAUCGUGUUUAUUUUCGGCGGGCUGGGUUAUUCGAUCUAUCCCAUGUACAUGUACUGGGCUCACAACGAGCUAGUCCUGAUGAUCGCCAUGAGAGUACCGUGGGUUGAUGGCGAUUCGUACACCGGGUACAUCGUAACGUCAGCCGUACAAAUGGUGAUGAUUGUCAUCACAUGCACGGGACUUUCCGCCGCCGAUACGGUCAUACUGCUAUUCGUGGCCAAUUUGAUCGCAUAUGUGGACGUGUUUAAGAACGAGCUGGACGAGCUGAACGCAAUGCUGAACGAGGAGAUCCGCGAUGAAAAGAAGAUUAGACAGCAGGUUAGAACGAUUUGCACCCAACACCAGGACAUUAUCGAGUACGAGUCCGACCUGGACGAACGGUACAUAGUGAUCUCUUUUGGUCAGGUCAUCGGCUCAGUGACCUCCAUGAGCGUUUCCAUUUUUCUGGUUUACAUGGACAACUUUAUUCCCGGCUAUGCCCUGGUGGUAGCUAGCUUUUUUCAACUACUGGAGUUUUGCCUUCUUGGAACUAUACUGACCGUAAAGAAUGAGGACAUCGUUGAGGCGAUCUACAGCACCAACUGGUAUCUGCUUCAGGAACCAGAACGUCGUUGCUUCGGGUUGAUGCUCCACAAGAGUCAAAACUUUACGGAAAUGACCAUCGGAGGGUUCGCUCCACUCAACUUGGGAACAUUCGUUGCGGUGAGAUUGAGAUUAGGUCUGUUAUGCAAGCUCAGUACCACUUCUUUACUUGCAGAUUAUGAACCGAAUUUACUCGUACUUUAUGAUGCUCAUCAGUUUCAUCGAGUAGAAAAGGCGCUUGAAUCGUUUUUUUCUCUACUUAUAUGCCUUUAUUUAAAAUAAAUUGUUCGCUCUACAGCAAUGCCUUGGCGUUCUCGAUUGCGAGAUUCCUACUCGAAACUAGGUGUCCGAAGGCUUGAUUGUUGCAAACCUCUUUUUAAACCUAAGUUUCCAUCCACUCUGGGAUUCGAACUGACGACCUUUGGAUUGUGAGUCCAAUUGGAAACAGGCGACCCUAUCGAGACAGAACCCAGGGUGACGACUCCUCCACCUGGACUGAGCUAACGACCUAACCUCUAGGUUAGACCGGGGCCAACAUUUACCUCUCCGACCGACAGAAGGCGUGAUCAGACAAAUCUCGUCUUAAAAAAAUGCCACCGGGACCGUCUGGGAUCGAACCCAGUCCAACUGGGGUGAGAGGCAACCACGCUCACCCCUACACCACCGGUCCCUUUAUUUAUAACGUAGCCAGUUGCCUUUAUUUAAUCAUAGCAAUUAUAAUUUUACUGUAUCGUCCGAAAAAUGUCGGACACUUAUUCUAUGAAAAGUCGACUAUGCGAAAUUCGACCAUCCACAUCCAAUCCCGCAGCAAGACCGGCAUGAAUUUAUAAUCUUUAAGCUCAAUCGAAACAAAACUGCACAAGCAGACUGAAAGUCCUCCCAGUUCAAGUCUCGCUGCCAAGAUGGAACAAGUGAACGCCAAGGAUAUGCUCCCGAUGAGGUGGUUCACCAGAUCUUACGAGAUGCACGACUACAACUUGCUGUUCAUUCGCUGGCUGGCCGACUACGUCGGAUGUCUCGAAAUGGCGGCAGCCGACACGAUCAUACUGCUGUUCGUGGCGAAUUUGAUCGCCUAUGUGUACGUGUUCAAGAACGAUCUGCAUGAGCUGAACACCAUGGUGAACGCAGAGGAUCGUGAUGAACAGCAAAUUAGACGCAAGGUUCGGAUUUUUUUCUCCCAGCAUCAGGACAUCAUCGAGUAGAAAAAAAACAUUUUUAUGGAUUUUGAUUCUUAUAAAAUUCAUAUUUCACGCAAUAUUUUAGAGCAAAAACCCCGUUUUAGACCAGUUUUGAGGACGCUGUAACUUUUUUUUAGGGGCAAGCUAGUACCAUACUCCUUUCGGGAAAGUUGUAGAGCACCUUCCAGAGCAACCGAAUAUGAAGCCGGUUUAAAUAUACACCCAAACUGCGGUCGCAUGAUUACGAUUGCAUGGCGGCAUGAAAUUAUAUAAGAUUCUGCAUGAAAUCUAUCCUCAUGCAUUUUUUGCGAUAUAGGG